CACGAGUUUUACUUACUCGCCUCUUUUCCUUUUAUGCAUGCUCUUUUGUGUUUUUUUCUUGAUUGGGAAUAGGGGGUUAUUUGAUUAGUUUUAAUCUGCGGAGAUCGCCGCAGGCGAAUCGCGAGGGAGACCGAUCGCAAAACAGUGCCUUUUUAUUUUCCUUUGAUGAGGGUUUGAUUUUUAUGCCGAAAUGAUUGUUGUUUUCUUCCCUUUCUUUUCUAUGCAUAUAUUUGGUUGGUUUGUUCUGCCGAAUCGAUAGCAUUUGAGAUUUGUUGUGCUAUCUUUUUCAAGCUAGAGCGGGUUAGGGUUUGAUAUUUGGUUAUUUCAAAUGGGAACGGGCUUCAUCCGUCCUCUCUGGUUCGGGUGUCUUCCAUUGAGAUAGGAUGCUAUGCACUUCUUUCCAUGUUUUCCUUAUGUGAUCUUUUUCCUACUCUGCUAGAUAUUGCUCUUUUGGUAUCUCAAACAAGAAAGAAAGGCGAGAGCUUAGGAGCAAAGUUGCUACUUUUCUCACCGGGGAGUUAGCAAUGGAGCACGAUGAGACUGGAUGCCGAGCCCCUGAAGGACCGAUCCUUUGCAUCAACAACUGCGGCUUCUUCGGAAGUGCUGCGACCAUGAACAUGUGCUCCAAGUGCCACGAGGACAUGAUUCUGAAGCAGGAGCAGGCAAAGCUGGCAGCAUCCUCGAUCGACAGCCUCGUGAACGGCAGUGGCAGCGGUAGCGGAAAGGAACCUGUUGUAUCUGGCAAUGCCGAUGUAGCUGUUGGCUCUGUGGAGUCGAAGGCGAUUUCGGCACAGCCACCUGAUGUGCUUGGCUCGAGCGAGGCUGGAGAAGCAAAGGCGAAGGAGGGUCCAAACAGGUGCAACACUUGCAGGAAACGGGUUGGUCUGACCGGCUUUAGUUGUCGGUGUGGGAACCUUUUCUGUGCCGCACACCGCUACUCGGAUAAGCAUGACUGCCGAUUCGAUUACCGAAAGGCAGCGCAGGCUGCGAUUGCCAAAGCAAACCCUAUUGUUAAGGCUGAAAAACUUGAUAAGAUCUAAGGCUAUGGAGUGAAGGUUACUUUUAACUGUUAUUGUGAUGCUCUUCUUUCACUUGCCUGCUUGCUGAUGCCCUUUGUUGCUAUAAAUUUGCUGGUGGAAUGAUGCAUAGGGCAAUCUUGUAGCCUCGAGAACUCUUUUAUCUUGUUGAUUGGAAAAAGAUAUGGUGAAUUAAGCUUUA